CAGGCAAAUGAGUGCCGGAGUCAUGAAAACAUACCAAAAUGAGCAGUAAAGAUCAACUAUUUUUGUUAAAACUAGAAAGUUGCGAAGACAAGAAAGAGCGGGAUGAUUUGAUUCAAGAAUAUUUAAAAACAGUUAGCGAAAAUUCGGAUGGGAAAGUCAAAAAAGUGCCAGACUUUCCCGAAGGGUCAGAAUGGCUGAAUUUGAAAAACAACGAUUCCUUGUCUAUAAAUGGGAAUUUGCGAGGAAAGAUUUGUGUGUUAGACUUUUUCACGUACUGUUGUAUAAACUGUAUGCAUAUUUUACCAGAUCUACACGCUCUUGAGGCCAAACACAGCAUACAGGAUGGAUUGGUUGUCGUCGGUGUACAUUCGGCAAAGUUUGAAAACGAGAAAGUAUCAACUAAUAUACUCAAUGCUAUUUUAAGAUAUGACAUCACCCAUCCUGUGGUGAACGAUGCCAGUGCUUUUCUGUGGAAUGCCAUGGAGAUAGUAUGUUGGCCGACAUUGGUCAUUGUUGGACCAAACGGGCAACAUUUGUUGUCAUUGGUUGGUGAAGGUCAUCGCAAUAGUUUGAUGGAGUUUGUGGAUGCCGCAUUAACAUGGUUUAAGUCUACUGGUAUGGGGAUAAUAAAUGCUACACAAUCAGAAUUUAAAAUAAGCAGUGAGAUAAAUUGUGUAUUUCAACACAUGCAAAAAUGUGCAAGUUGAUAUUGACAAAAAACAGCUCAAAAACUUCAACUGUAGCCCCCUCUGAUAGAAAUCAAACCCACAAUUCAAGUGCAGUGCUCUGACCACUUGCCACAUUUUCUAAAUGGCACAAGAAAUUAGUUAUGAGUAAGAUACUAAACUAGUUUGUCAUCGAACUUGAUAACUUUAUCACUGUUUUAAUGCUACAUGACAUCGAUCAUCAUUGAUUAGGUUGAAGUAUCGGUAUUGGUAUUGAUCAAAUUGCCUAGUAUCGGAUUGGUAUUGUAUGAAAUGUAAAAAGCUGGUAUCGCCCAUCCCCUAGUAAUAUUAGGCUGGUAAAUAUUUGAGAGAGUAAAUAUUUCUGGUAUAAGGGUAAAUUAAUAGUGUGCUUGAAAUUGUAGUUUCUAAGAACCUAAUUUUGAACCAAUUUUUCUACAGAUGAAAUAAGCAAUCACUUAAUCAAUGUGAGUCUAGCAAAGGAUAGCCUGCCUAGAACCAGCCUAUCAUUCCCUGGCAAGGUAUCCAUAAAGCAGUCGGGUGACAAGGUGGCCAUUUCAGACACAAGUCAUCAUCAGAUAUUAAUUGUGGAUACGAAUGGUGCUGUUGAGACCAUAGUGGGUAGCGGGGUUGCUGGUAUGAAGGAUGGUGGAUUUCAACAGGCACAGUUCAAUAGUCCCCAAGGUGUGACAUGGAAAGGUGAUUUAAUGCUGUUUGUUGCUGAUACUGAAAACCAUGUGAUAAGAAUGGUAUGUUUCUGUUAGUGACUUUUGUUAUCAUCAUCAAUUGAGUGAAGUUCUUUUCAUUAGCUAAUGAAACCUUAGUAGCUUGCUGAUAUCAGCAGUUUUAUCUUCUAUGUCCAGAUUGAUUUAAAGGCUAAAAUAGUUACAACAGUUGCUGGUACUGGUGUACAAGGCAAUGAUAAAAUUGGUGGUAAAGUUGGUCAAGAUCAAGCUAUCAGUUCACCUUGGGAUGUCAUCAUUGGUCCAUCACCAGGUUCGACUGCAAUAUACUGUAUCACCUUUAUCAUUAUUACAUAUCAUUUAUCCACUACAUAUCAUUUAUCAUACCAACUUGUAGGUUCACUAAACAUAUCAGAAGAUGAAAGUGUGUUAUAUAUUGCCAUGGCUGGAACACACCAGAUCUGGGGAUUGUGUUUAGCCGAUACAAAAUGGUUAAAACGAAGGUAAUGCUCUAUAUUGUAUGUGCCCAAUUCACCUUUACGAGUGGGACAUACAACUAUAGUACUACCCGAUAAACAUAAGCAGAACUUUAGUUUUAUCAUCCUUCACACUGUAGCUCUCUGUUAUCAUCCCUACCUACCUUGGCACCAACCAUUUGAGAUUUUAACACAUACAUAUAUUACAAUAUCUUUUAUCCAGUGAUGAAAAGGCGUGGACAUGCCUACGGUUCUCAGGCAGUGGAGCAGAAGAGAACCGUAACAAUAGCUACCCACAUAAAACUGGUUUUGCUCAACCAUCUGGGCUGAGUAUUGCUCGACCGAAACCUUUGGAAUGUAUGUUUUUGGCUGACAGUGAAAGCAGCAGUGUACGGUCUGUGUCCAUCACUACAGGUGGAGCAAAGGCUGUGGUUGGAGCUGAUAGAGAUCCAAUGGUAACAUAUGAUUUUGUCAUCCUAAUGCUGUGAUUAGAGACAAAAUAGAGGAGGAAUGUUGUGAUAUUUAAUUGUAUUGUAUUGUAUUGUAUUGUAUGAUAAUGGUACAGUAAACUGUGAUAAAUGUUAGAACAAAAUUGAAAUGGUAUCCUAUGGUAUAUAGGGUAGAAAAAUAUUGAAAUGGUACCUAUUCCCUACAGUAGAAUAUUAUCUGUAAAGAAAUGGAAACUUACCAAUUUCAUAUAUUCAUCUGUUUUAGAAUCUCUUUGCCUUUGGAGAUGUUGAUGGCAGCGGAAUAGAUGCGAAGUUACAGCAUCCUCUUGCAGUUUCGUGGAACUCCCAAAAUCAGCUGCUUUAUGUUGCAGAUUCUUAUAAUCAUAAAGUAAUGCACAUCAUAUUAAUAAAUGUAAAAUAAACGUAUAAAAGAGUUUUAGCUUUUCUCAAGUAUCAUGGCUUGUCUUUUAACUCCUGGGCCCGGUUGUUCAAAGGUGCAUGAUUAGCGCGGACCCUCGGUUAAAAUUUAACCUGCUAUUUUGGAUUGUGUAUUUGUGCACGUAACAUUCUUAGACACUCACCCCAACAUUAUAAACCCUCUUCUCCAUAUCUCCAGAUCAAGGUAGUUGAUCCAGUAAAAAAGACCUGCACUACAUUGUUGGGAACUGGCCAGCCAGGAUGUGUGGACGGCGACGCUGGCCGUGUGCAGUUUAAUGAACCUGGAGGUCUAGCAAUCAGUCCUGAUGGAAGCACGCUGUACAUUGCUGACACCAACAGUCAUGUCAUACGCGUGGUGGAUUUGAAAACUAAUACAGUUUCCACGGUGAGUAUGGCUAAUGGUAAAAAAGAUUGUAAAACUUCUCAGUUAAAAUGACUUCUUUUUGAAUAGUUUCUUAAAACACAACUGUUUAAAUCCUUACGUUUCACAAGCUAUAUGCACCAUUCGCAUCCUCAGCAACUUCUCGCCUUCUGCUCGAGUUUGUAAUUGUUAUUCAUUUUUGAAUUCCAUCUUUAACUGUUACAUUUCAGUUGUCAAUUAUCAGUCAAGUUACGGAGGUUGCAGAUGGGGUUACAGAUACAACUGACAGCCGUCAAGAUGCUGCGAAAUACCGAAGACUCGCACCGCACAACGCUAGCACCAUAGACUGCAAUCCUGUGGUUGUUAGCAAGAAAUCAGUAGAGAUACAGUUUACGUUUAGUUUGCCAAAACAAUGCAAGCUGACAGAGGGGGUGAAAAGCCGAUGGCAAUGUACCUUAUUUCAAGGCUCGAUGAAGGAUGGUCAGUUUUACACUAUAUUACAUUAAGAACAACAUUAUUGGUCCAAUUGUUGGUCCUAAUAUUUUUCAGGUAGUUGUAUCCACCACACCACAGCUGCCUGUUAUCGUCUCUAUACCCAUACUGGCAACGAGAGUGCGAGAAAGCUCGUGCAACACCUUUCAAUAUCCGCCAAACAAACCCAAAAUGUAUGACGGAUUGUUGGGUAGAUUAUGUUGCAUGUCGUACUAAACAUCGGGUUGUCUCUUUUUAGAUGAAGGUCGUAUGGUUCACAGUGGAGUGUUAACAUACCCUGAUGCAUAUACUACCAUGCUGGUAGAAAUACCAACCAACACGGAGACACAAGUAAAGGUAAUAAUAAAUGUAUUUAGUAUUUUUGCACAAGUGAACAUAACAAAUCCUACACGUUGAUUGGUCAAAUUUGACGUAUUAAGAUGUUAUAUUCACCUACAGGUGAAUAUAACAAAACAGAAAUUUUGAAAAUGGCGGCUAUAGCCGUUUUGUGGAGGUUACUGAUAAAGAAAUAAGCGAAAUUAAAAUAAAUUCAGUCCCAAAAACACAAAAGACUUGUGUAAAAAUACAAAAACAAUUAUUCGCCUCAGGCUCGGUGAUUAUCUAUUAAAUAUUUCCCGAUGAUCACCUCGCCUUCGGCGAAUAAUUGUUAAAUAUACGGCCCAUAUUAAGUAUGUGAAAGUUUGCUUAUAUUUUUGCUAGAGAUACAACAAGGAGCAAGUUUUAGUAUUCUAGUGGACCAUGCCUGCAAAUGUUAGCGAGCCAUAUUAUUUUACUUUAGGUUGAAGCCAAGAUAUAUUUUUGUGAACCAGACGGCGCGUGCUACAUGCAAGGCGUGAUGUUUAGAUUACCUGUUAAACAGCAGAUGAAUGGAGGUCAAGAAAAUAACGAAAGUCCAGUGAAAAUACACUAUGACUGUGUUAAACCUUGAAUUAUACAUCUAAUAUUUUUUUCUUGUAAUAUAUAGUUCAAAUGUUCGUAAUGAAUUUCACAAACCCGUUUGCAAACUAAGCAUUGGAUUUACGUUAGCUUCCUGGACAGGCAUCUCUUGUCAUAGGGGUCAGGGCUCGGGUUUGGAAAAAAUAUCUAGUUGAGAUAAGAUCUCACCCAAUUUCUUCCGAUCACUCUUAACUGCCCCCAUAUAGAGAUGCCUGCGAAGGAGGCUAUAGUUUUACGCUUUACGUCUACUUGGGAAGUUGUAAUCUAUAAAAAUUCUGCUUAUAGGUGUUGGAUUUGAUUUCAUACCCAUGCAUAGAAUGCCAUCUCUAUAUUCAGUAUUUACAUUUCGACAAUCCUUAAAUAUUCUUGUCUCAAGAAAAUUUAAGGAAAAAUUGCCAUAAAUAUAUGAUGUCCUUCUUCUGAGAAACAUUUAUAUAUGAGCUAUUUUCGCGAGCGUGAAAUUACCUGUAUAGUACCCAAUAUUUAAGAAUACUAAAAUCCCUGAUAUAAACACGAUGACGCGCAGUCAUUUAUAAAUCUUUGCUGAACUAUGAACUUUGUUUUUAUGUGUUGACUUCUGUAAUAUGUACAUUUGUUUUUUCCAUAAUAUAUAUAUAGAAGGAUCAUGUGUGAGCAUUAAGAAGUUCUCAUGAUUGUUUGAUGGAAAUGUCCGUUUUCUCAUUUUCCAGUUUUUUCGUCCAUCCUUCAUUGGAUGCCAACCAAUGAGCUCUAUAAAUAUCUGGAGCAAGAACCUCACUCAUUCAGACUAUGAGAAAGUGCAGCCAGUGAGCUCCAUAUAUAUCUGGAGUAGGAACUUGGUUGCUCAAAGUGAAGCAAGUUUCGUGUUAACCGCGCAUACAAAAACAAUAGAAAGGGACUGGAACUGACGUCCAAUCACUGCGUCCAAUAGCUCCUUCAAUUUCCGCCAUCUUGGCAAGGAGUGUGUUGAAAUUUCGUAUUUUGACUUCGAUUUAAAGAAUAAUAUUGUGAUUUUAUGAACUGAAAACCUGAUUAGUGAUACGGUCCAUUAGAAAAAACUGGAAUUAGCUGGGGAAAUGGUAUAAAAACUGUUUACGACCUUCAGAGCUAUUGGACGUCAAUGGCCGCCAUCUUGGCUUCACUUUUCUCAUUGACCGAUUGACUGAAGUUCUUGCUCCAGAUAUAUACUGUAUAGAGCUCACUGAGUGAAGCCAAGAUGGCGGCCAUUGACAUCCAAUAGCUCUGAAGGUCGUAAACAGUUUUUAUACCAUUUCCCCCCAGCUAAUUCCAGUUUUUUUUCUAACGGACCAUAACUCUGAUCAAGUUUUCAGUUCAUAAAAUCAUAAUAUUAGUCUUUAAUUAUUAAAAUCGAAGUCAAACUACCAGAUUUCGGCACACUCCUGGCAGCUUCGUGUCCGACCGCGCAGACAAAAACAAUAGAAAGGGACUGGGUUUGACGUCUAAUAGCUCUUCAAUUCCGCCAUCUUUGGCUUCACUUUCUGGACUCGAAUUCUCGCUCCAGAUAUAUAGAGAGAGCUCACUGAUGUUAACCCAACACCAGUAUCACCAAGAUACAAUAUUUUCCGAUAUAAUAUACACCGACGGGUGGCUGGUAGAAAUGUCUGAAGGUAUAAAUACCUAUUUUGCGCAGUUGAUAAUACCGAAUUGCCAAGUACAGUAUCAAAAAGGGUAAAACCACAAAGUCCAAUACAACGUUCAAAAAUAGUCCGCAAAAAUGUUCGACAAAAAUGAAAUUUGAUCGGAAGUUAGUCGGAAUUUUUUUUUGAUUACUGAUUAUUUUUCGAAAAAACUGUCAUUUGGUAGGAAAACGUCCGCGAUGGCCCGACAGUUAUUGACACCACUUAUCAGGAAGCAAAAAUAAAAACCCAUUAACACAUAAGUCAGUUCGAAGUAAUAUUUGCACAGAAGCGAAAAAAAAUAUGUACAUACACUGUCAUACAGUACGAUGGCCGACUGCAAGUUAAUGUUCAUGAAUGCGCGCAGAUGAUGUUAAUUUUUGCCGAGUGUUUCUCACGCAAAUACGGUUGCAGCGCAUACGCAGAGAAGACGCACAUACGGGAAAUGCGAUCUUAGCACGGCCAAGCCUUAACCUUGCGAGGUAUCUUGGGCAUGUGUUUUAAUGAGCUUACAUAACAAAAUUUCACACCAAAUUUUUAUGGCUACAUUAGAACGUCGAGAAACUUUCCGUUUCUCAAUAAAUUAUUACUCACUGUAAACAUCGUAGUGAUGGUGAUUUGCAUACCAAACAUGGUUAAAUACUUUCAGAACAAAGCAAGCUAUGACAGUUUGGCAAAAUAUAUUAUUUGAUCAUUAUAAGUUUUCUCCCCAAUGAGUCAUAAAAUAGGUGAUGUGAAAUUUCGUUGCAUAAUUAAAUAUCUCUAUCAGUUGUACAAUGUGUAUAGUUACUCGUUCACGCCAUCCUCCUGUGGCGCUUUCCUGGCUUCUCCUGGCCACGGUGUCAUAACUGGACUGCUAUUGGUUAGCGGGCUGUUGCGAAAUUCGUCCUCUUGAUUGACGGCAGUUUCAUAGCCCGUGUUCUCUAACCUAAAGCGACG